CCAUCUCCCCAGCCCUUGGGUGUAAUUCUUACUCAAAGCCAGAAAAGCUGGCUGGAACUCAGAAUAUUUGACACUGUUUUUGCCCUUUGUUUUAGAGAAACAAGAAGAGAUGAGACCCUCUGCUCGUGUUAACUUUGCUUUUGCCCCCUUAACUGAGAGAAUUUAUGAUGGUUUAGUCAGCUCUCUUACAGACUAGUUUGAGUGGUAUCAGAAAAAGUGGUAGAAAAGCCUCCAUUGAGUUUUAGUUAAGAGGGAAGUUUAAGAGACGUUCUGGCCCAGAGUCGCUGCGGUUUCCUGCUUCAACAGUGCUUGAACGGAACCUGGCGCUCGACCCUUCCGACCCCAGCCGGCUGCUCCGAUCCAGAACCCUUUGCAACUUCGUCGCUUCGCCUCGCCCAGCCGCUGCCAUGACCACCACGUCUCCCUCGCAAGUGCGCCAGAACUACCACCAGGACUCAGAGGCUGCCAUCAACCGCCAGAUCAACCUGGAACUGUAUGCCUCCUACGUCCAUCUGUCUAUGUCUUGCUACUUCGACCGGAAUGAUGUAGCUCUGAGGGACUUUGCCAAAUACUUUCUCCACCAAUCUCACGAGGAGAGGGAGCAUGCUGAGAAACUGAUGAAGCUACAGAACCAACGAGGUAGCCGAAUCUUCCUGCAGGAUAUCAAGAAACCAGACCGUGAUGACUGGGAGAACGGGCUGAAUGCAGUGGCGUGUACUCUGCACUUGGAGAAGAGUGUGAGUCAGUCACUACUGGAACUGCACAAACUGGCUACUGACAAGAAUGAUCCCCACUUGUGUGACUUCACUGAGACCCAUUACCUGAACGAGCAGGUGAAAUCCAUCAAGGAACUGGGUGACCACGUGACCAACCUCGGCAAGAUGGGAGCCCCUGAAGCCAGCCUGGCGGAACAUCUCUUUGACAAGCACACCCGGGACACAGUGAUGAGAGCUAAGCUGACUUCCCCAAAGCCACAAGUGACUUCUCUGGUCACUGAGGCCGUGCAUGCAUGUCGGGCUGCCUUUAUCUUUUCUAAAAGUCACACCAAAACAUCCGCUUAAGUUCUUUAAUUUGUACCAUUUCUUCAAAUAAAGAAUUUUGGUACCCCCCCCCCCAAAAAAAGAGGGAGGUUUAAAUAACAUAGGUCUUUAGACAAGACAGACACUCCCUCCACGGACCAGACAGCUCUCUAGAUAGAGAAUACUAAAUAUUCCUUAGGAUUCUUCAGUUUAGUUGAAGACGCUCAUUGAGUAUUCAGUAUAUAGUAGAAGAUGAUACUUUCAUCAUUAUUACUGCUCGAUAAGAGAAAGCUAGAUUUAUUUACUAGUUAGUGAUCCUUCCCGAUAAACUUUUAUCCUGGGUUCUCUCUGAUGUGAGUAACUAAACUCAGGAAAAUUUAAAUUUACUAAAGACCACUAGAGCUUUCGAAAAGUUGACAAGUGAGAGAGCUGAAGAGUAAGGGAUGCAAGAAAAAGAGGAACACUCAUUGUAAGAAAGCAGCUUAAGUGUAAUGUGAAGGCCUUCGUACCUCUUGAAAAGCUGUGGAGUCUAAGCUGUCAGGUUAGGCAGACAAAGGAGAGUUGUCUAUAUGAGGGAGUGGAUUGAGCAUGGGUGUAGCUAGAGUUUUCCUGCCUGGCCCACAGUCAGGACAAAUCUCUGUCACUCGCCAGUCCCACAGCCACUCAGACCUGACCAAGUAAACACAGAGACUUAUAUUGGUUACAAACUGUAUGGCCGUGGCAGGCUUCUUGCUAACUGUUCUUACAGCUUAAAUUAAUCCAUUUCUAUAAAUCUAUACCUUGCCACAUGGCUCGUGGCUUACUGGCAUCUUCACAUGCUGUUUGUCAUCAUGGCAGCUGGCAGUGUCUCUCUGACUCAGCCUUCCACUUCCCAGCUUUAUUCUCCUCCUUGUCCCACCUAUACUUCCUGCCUAGCCAAUGGCCAAUCAGUGUUUUAUUUAUUGACUAAUCAGCAACACAUUUGCCAUACAGAACAUCCCACAGCACAUGGGCACUGGAGUUGGCCAACAGUAGGUUAAAUCGCUGGUUGUGACAUUUCCUGGUAGGGUCCUUUCCUGUCUGUAUGUUUAGGCCAAUUACUCAAUUUCCCUGAACCUUUAUUUUGUCAUCUUAAAGAGAAAAUAGCCACCUACCCUGCCAGGUUGUGGUGAGAAGUAACUCAGAAAUAUAAAAUUCAAUGCCUGGAGUGUUGUGGAUGCCACCUGUUGUCAUUUAAGUGGUCAGUUGUUACUGGCCUAGUUUAAAAUAACUUUAAAAAUGACCUAAAGGGGCAUUGAUUGUCUUCCCGAGUCUCCCCUCUGCUUUGUGGAGGUUCUUUCUCUCUGUGUGUUCGUUGUAUGUGUGUGUUUUCUCACCCUCCCUAAUAAACGCCUUUCUUCAACUGAUGGAAAAAAGAUAUGAGUCUCUUCAGAAAAUAGAAAGGAAAGUUCAAGUCAAAAUCAGAAACAAUUCAGU